AUGCCGUUGUUGUUCUCCAGUUGUAUUGGUGCCGGCUACCAUGUGUUCACCGUAGCAGUUAUCACCAUCGUACUCGCUAUCGUUGGAGAAUUCUACACAGAACGUGGAUCCCUUCUUUCUGCUGCGAUUUUUGUGUAUGCGGCCAGCUCACCCGUGAACGGUUAUGCCGGUGGAUCCAUGUACGCGAGGUUCGGCGGACGACACUGGAUUAGGCAAAUGGCCCUCGGAGCUUUCCUUCUUCCGAGUUUGGUGUGCGGUGUUGCGUUCCUCAUCAACUUCAUAGCUAUUUAUUACCACGCUUCGCGAGCUAUUCCAUUCACCGUUAUGGUAAGAAUUUUAUCCAAUAAGUUGUGCAUAGUAAUUUUCAAAAUUUAUCGCCAGUUAUUUGCAUGUGAUUCGUCUCGUUAG